AUGCGAUCCAAACCCAAAAACACCUCUACCCAACACCCAAUCGGCAAACAGACUACAGAAUUGAUGAGACGACUUCGAGACGACUCCAGCGAGGGUGACCGGAGUAGCAACGGAUAUGCGAUGCGCCUCCACGUGCCUGCGAGUGGGAAGACAACCGUUGGCUUUUUAGAAAAGCUUCACCGGCGCUCCAGCGUCCUUCCUGGGUGGGCGGCGAGAGAUAAAUGUUACUCUAUGAGUAACCUAAACUUGAGUCUCCAAACAGAACAAGAAAAAAAUUCAAAUCUCACAGGAGUGGCUUUGAUACCAUGUAGAAAGGUGGCACCUCAACUCACACAAGCUUUUAAUACACAUAAUUACAAUAGUAUUAUUGAUGUCGAAUUGCAGAACAAUUGUGAAAUAAUUGAAAUGAUUCAAAUGAUUCAUUGUGCUGCGGCUUGUGUAUACAAACCAGCAAAAACUCGUCCAAAAUUAAGUCAGAUUGUUGAAGUCUUACAAGGAAAUAUGAAAUCAGAAAGUAUAUGGAUAUACAGUAACAACACUUACCUUAAGGAUGGGCCACAAUAUUAAGUGCAUAACAAGUUAAUAUAAGGAUGCAAAUGAUCUGCAAACGAAGAUGAUCAAGUCUCCUUAGCCUUGGCUGCUAUUAAUAUAUUCAACUAUUUGUUCCUUUUCCCAUAUGUUGAUACUAUUAUCAAGUCUUGCUAUGCUCUUGUCUCUCUUCAAUUUUCUCAACUGAGAAUACUAUUGAUUUGUUGCUAAGCUUCGGGAUUUGUAUUUGCCUCAAGUUUCUGAUAUUCUCUUUCUCAUGAAAAUUCAAGUUGGCUAAGAGAGGAUGAGGUGUAAUAAGUAUAUGUUUGGGUAUAAGAAUAUAUUUGUCAUCAGGGGUUCUAAUUUGGGUGGUGUUUUGGCUUGUUUAUGGAAUGAUCUUCUCUCA